AUGCGGAUACGCUUGCCCUUUGCAGGCGUCUUCUUCGCCCUCCUCCUCGUCGCUGGCUACGCAGGCCUUACCUCCCUCCAGCUGGGCCAAUAUGUAAACGACAAGGUCCUGCACUUUGCAACAUUCUUCCUCCUGACGCUCGUCUUCUACUGGAUCCUCGAUACCAACCGCCGCCGUACUCUCAACCUCACCUUGACCGUCUGCACGUUCGUCCUCGGAGUCGGCUCCGAGUUCCUGCAGGGCUUCCUCCCCAACGGCCGCGAGUUCGACUUUUACGAUAUUGUUGCCAACGUUGUGGGCUCCCUGGCGAGCAUAGGGCUAUGCUCAUGGUAUCACAAGCGUAUGCUCGAACGUAAACGCCGCACCAAGACGUACGCACCUGUCCCGGGAGAGGAUGACGAGGACGUCGAGCUCGGCGAGGGCCACGAGACGGGCGUCAUCGAGUCGAGUGGUGCGAGGGACGGCGGCGACGUAGGUGGCAGCAGCGGACGGACGCUUGAACAAGAGGUGGACAAUUGGGACGAGAAUCAGGUGGACGAUUGGGACGAAGACGAUGCCGACGGUGACAUUGGCGGAGUCAAGGGCAAGGACAUUGACUCUGGAGACAUUGGCGAGUCCAAGAAGCGGGCUGAAUAG